AUGUACUCCCCGGAAAUGGGUAACGAAUUCAUGCAGUGGGUGAUGUGCCAUCAAUGUCGGAAGGUACUUGAUUACCCUGCGUUGGCUCACUCAGGGACAUCUUCAAUGAACAAGCAUUACAAUGGGAUAAAUUGCCGGAGAGUUGCCUCAGCUGCAGGAAAGAAACUAAACAUCAAGCUUGCGUUAGAGCAUGUGGCGCAGAAUGCGACGAUACGAAGAUUCGAUGAGCGAGUUUGGCAGCAGAAGCUUGCUCAGCUCCUCACUGUAUUGCAUCUUCCCUUUCUUUUUCUUGAGCACAUCAAGUUCCGUGAUUUGAUCUCCUAUGCCUGGCUGGCACCAUUAAUACCAGAAAUUCCUUCUGCCAAGGUUAUGCGCUGGCAGCUUCGAGACCUCGUCCGUGAGAACCAAAAGAGUAUCCUUCAGAAACUCCCUUCUGGUGUGAAGCUAUCACUUGCCCUGGAUUGCUAG